GCAGCUUAUUUUUUUAUUACUUUAUUUAUCUGCCAGAUUAGUGUGGAAGAUAUGAAUUGCGGAUAUUUUCAUGACACGUGAAUGUAGCAAUGCAUCAAGCUAGCGUCAACGCUUCCUGCAGUGCUAUGAGUUGAAGGCUAAAGUGCUGGGAAUGCAGCCAUCGCUUCCACCUGAGACAGUCAGAGAGCUGGUGUGCUCCUGUCUGCACAGAGACCCAGUAGCUGCAGACCUUCGUUGCAGUCUUUUUGUGGCUGCUGCACAGAACUACAAGAGAGACUCUUUGCUCAGGCCCUUUCCUCCUAGAUACAUAAGUGGUGACAAUAAGGACUUUGAGGCGCUGUUGGCUGAUGUGAACUCUUUACCUGGUGUAAGAGAGUUGGUAAGACUACCACUUGGAGAGGGAGAUCAUCAUCUGGCCCUCGCACACUGGAUCCUCUCCUCCAAGAGCUUUGCUGUAAAGACAUUACAGAAAGAUGAGUUUUACAAACUUCAAAACUUGAUGGAAAAUGAAGGGAUUUCUGCGCCUGUGCCUGACUUCCUCUUCGAGCUGGACUACUGUGAUCAGAUGAAUGCUAGGUUUGAGAAGACUAGGGCAGGCAGAAAUGUCUUCUAUGCUUUUCAUGGGAGCCGCCUGGAGAACUUCCAUUCAAUCAUUCACAACGGGUUGCACUGUCAUCUCAACAAGAACUCAGUGUUCGGAGAAGGGACCUACCUCACCAGUGACCUGAGCAUGGCUGUCCUCUACAGUCCACAUAGCAGCGGCUGGCGAGAAAGUCUGCUGGGGCCACUGCUUAGCUGCGUUGCUCUGUGUGAAGUCAUAGAUCACCCAGAUGUCAAGUGUCAGGUCAAGAAGAAAGAUUCUGAAAUCAUUGACCGUCAGCGCUCAAGGGCUAAGAACAGUGAAGGAGGGGAUGUACCACAGAAAUACUUUGUUGUCACCAACAAUCAGCUUUUGCGAGUCAAGUAUCUCCUUGUGUACUCUCAAAAGAAGAACUUGUCCAGACAUUCCCGUAGCACGUCCUGGCUUCUCAAACACCACUUUGCACUCAUGAUGAGUCUCUACCUUCUGCUGCUCAUUCUUAUUGGUGCCUUCAACUCAACCACCUUCUUGUCCUUCUGGAACAAACUGUUCAGGUGACAACAGGACAGUGCCUUCAUCCCCAGACACAUGAGGUCUGAGAAGUGAUUUAUGCACCUUUAUGCUGUUUUCUCUUUACAGUGGUUAUUUUCUUUCUAACUGAGGUUGGUCUAAGUACAGUUAUUGCAGGACAACAUAUCCUUUUUUUAAAAAAGCCAAGAGGAUCCUAUCCUAUAUGUAUUCAUUCUGUUGCAACAACUGAAUGUUUAUUUCAUCUGUAAUUUUCCUGGUUGAGUAAAGGUUCAGGUUUUAAGUUGUUUUAGUUUGGGGUUGACAUUUUUACACAGUGAAGGUGUCACAGAGAAUUUUUAAAUGAUAAUCAAAUACUCUGAAAUAAUUAACCCAGAUCUACUUGAAGUACUGAUGUUUUACUUUCUAUGGGGGGCUUAUAUACAGCUUUAAUAUAUUAAACAUUUUGGUUAUGUUUGUUGAAGGAAUGACAGUUAAAUGUUUAAGGUGUGUUAAAAACACUAAACUUUAUUUGUAAUAAUUUCACAAAUGCUAUAACAGAAAAAAGUUGUUCAUCCCCCUAAGUUCCUAAAGUAACAUUAAUAAUUUUGGGUUUUGUUUAAUUAUAUUCAGUUUAAUUUUUGUAUUUCUAGGCUGAUUUGAAAUCAUCCCGUACUUUAUGUCUGCCGCUGUUUCUUACCCAUAAAAACCCACUUCAAGGUCACUCUUUCAUAAUAAUUUUGUUCCCAGGUUGGUGUUGUAUUCAGACGUGCUGCUUCUGACACGGACACAUUUAUUACAGCUGGCCCACACACAGUCCUUUGUUUUACAUUAUUUUUAUCAGUAAAAAAGUUAAACGGAUACAUGAGUUGAUAACGGCGGCGUCCUUUGGUAGAAGCUCAUUUAUCAUUUUUAAUAGAUUUCUGAAAUGCAUCUGCACAAAAAAUGGAAAAGAAAAGUUAAAGAAUUAUUUUUGUUGCAAUAGGGUAAAACUACAUGACUCGCAUGUACAUUACGUGCACAUUUAAGCCUUUUGGCAACGUUCUAUUAAUAAUUAAGGUUAUUUACUUGGUUAAGGUUAAUACUUGGUUUCUAGUUCAUAAUGCAUAAUACCAGUAUAGUUUUGAACUGAAGUUUACAGAAGAAAAUGCAGCUUUGUUUUGGUAUUAAAACUGAUUCUGGCUUGCGAAAUCCUUUUAGAUAAAUGGCUUCUGUUCUUCAGAAAGGCCUCACAUGCGAAGGACACAGAACAAACUGCCCUUUGUUGGUCCACUCUUUAUUCCCUUUCUGUACACGCUUCAUUAUUGCUGCCUCAUAAACGGCUUGUUAUUCAGUAACCAUCAACUGAGGGGACAGUGGUGGCAGAGGGGACUCCAGGUGUUUUACGUCAGUGAACCAAGGAAGUGGAGACCUGAUCUAAUGCUCUGUGGAAGCUGUGGUGUCAUUUACUCUAUGGUUCAUAUGUGUAAGCGCACAUAAAAAGGAAACCCCAUUAGGUGCAUUUCAUACAUCUUUUAAAAUUUUCUGGAACAUAAAAAGACAGAGCUCCUUCGCUAAAGAUGAAAAGCCUGUGAAUCACAACAGCUGGACAGUUUAACGCUGCAUGCUUCAGCCACGUGUUUCACACCUCACUGGUUCUUCACAGUGCAGAUGGACAAUGCUGUGGAGCAUACUGUGAAAGCACCCUGGUGCUAAACUCAGCAUUUAGCCACGUAGCCCCAUUCCAGAUGUGUGCAACAGGAUUAAUUUGUCUCAGUCAGGAACACAGGAAGAAUGUUUUUAUUCAGGUUUAUGUUAUACAAACUGUGAUUUAAGAAAUAAAGAAUGUUCAUGUUA